AGGGAGGAGGGAGGGAGCGAGCCCGGAGCCGGAGCCGACGCUCUUCGUAGCUGCAGCCAUGUCCUACAAGAACGUCCUGUUGACCGGCUGCUCCUCAGGCAUCGGCCUGGCCCUGGCCAUCCGCCUGGCUAAAGAUGAGCUGAAGCGUUUCCGAGUGUUUGCCACCAUGAGGAACCUGGAGAAGCGGCAGGCACUGGAGGAGCAGGCGGGAGAGAGCCUGGAGCAGACCCUGGAGAUCCGGGCUCUGGACGUGACCAGUGAAGAUUCCAUCCGCCAGUGUGUGGCCAGUAUUCCCGACCGGCGGGUGGAUGUGCUGGUGAACAACGCCGGCAUCGGGCUGAUUGGGCCAAUGGAGAGCCAGAGCAUCGGCACCAUGCAGCGGGUCUUCGACACCAAUUUCUUCGGCCUGGCACGGCUGGUGCGCGAGAUCUUCCCCGAUAUGAAACGGCGGCGCCAGGGCCAUAUCGUGGUCAUGAGCAGCAUCCUGGGCCUGCAAGGUCUCCUCUUCAAUGAUGUCUACUGUGCUUCCAAGUUUGCAGUGGAGGGGUUCUGUGAGAGCCUAGCCCUGCAAGCCCUUAAGUUUGGGGUGAACAUCAGCCUCAUUGAGCCAGGCCCAGUGGUUACGGAGUUCGAGCGGAAGCUGUAUGCAGAAGCUGCUAACAUGGACCUGUCAGGCGUGGACCCCGAAACCCUUCAGAUCUUCCAGGGUUUCUACAUGACCUACUCCAAGGAGGUUUUUUCAGUGCUGGGCCAGACCCCGGAGGAGGUGGCUGAGGUACACACCGCCCUCCUCCCUCCUCCCCCUCUACCCAGGAUUCAGCUCCUGAGUCACCCCAAUCCCCUCCAGCCCCACUGCCCACCCAGGGCAUGGGAUGGGCAAACCGGGGGACUGCAGGUUCCUCUCCUGCCUGUGGGGGAAACUGAGGCCCUACCCAGGCCUGGAGGUCCAGGUUCCUGUGUUCCCCCCUCCCAUCACCCUGACAGAGCUGCCCCCUCUCCCGCCAGCAUGUGCUGAAGGUGAUCGUGGCGCCCAGCCCACCCUUCCGCUACCAGACCAACAGCGUCUACACCCCCCUGACCACGCUCAAACAUGCCGACC